CAAAAACCCGGCCGGGGGAAGGUGGUUGAGCCAGGUGAGGUGUUCCACAGCGGCUGUUCCACCGCUCCUCUCGGCGUGACUGAACACUCCCAGCCAGCCUGGGGACGGUGGCAUUACAGACACCCACGGAGCGACUGCUGGCACCGCAGCGGUGCCGAACGAGCCUCUGCACGCCUCCACAGCGGCACGGAGCGCAGAUACCCUCAUUUCCCGUCCUCCAUUCCAAAAAGCUCCAGGCUGCAUGUCCUCAAACAACACAAACCUCUAGGACACUCAUGAGGGUGUCCGGACCGAGCGGCUGAGGGAAAUUGGAUGGCUGAGUGAGAACUGGCUGUUCAGAAGACGUUGUGGCUGAGGAUUGAUAACAUGUCUAAAGAAAUGCAGGAACUACAGAAGCAUUGGCACUCCAUGAUGCAGACCAUCCACAGCAACGCAAAUGUUGUUGCCUUUAUGAAUUCUCGUGUUGGCCAAUAUUUAGAUGACCAUCCUUUUGUUGCCUUAUCACUCCUGAUGUUUAUUGCAGUGUCAGCUGUUCCUGUUGGAUUUUUCCUGGUUUUUGUUGUUACAACAGCUGUAAUGGCCUGUAUUGGUGUGAUAGUCAUGGAAGGUGUUGUCAUAGCCAUAGGUGGCAUAGCCCUUCUGUGUGUGCUGUGUGGCCUGGGAGCCCUGUCCGUGGGAGUUUCUGGAGUGCUGAGUGUUUCUUAUGUUGCACUUUCAACUCUGGUCAACUACUGGUGUGCAUCAAGGGGUCAGAUAAGGAAGCAAGAUGUUAAUGGAAGUAUACCACAGAAGCAGCCUGUCUUGGAUCUUUCUGCCAAUACUGGAAAGAGUGAAUAAGUAGGUUUCUCCCCACUUCAUAGGCACUUUGCUGUACAAGUCCAGCCUUUGCUGUGUAAUUGUCUACUCAUCAAGCAUUCAACCAUUGUGUACUUCUGGAAACUGAGAAAAAUCAAUAUACAUCUUACACUGGCACUAUAAAAGGCAUCUUAAGAAUAACUGAGAAGCAGCAGUGCAGUAUUAAGUGUAUGUGCAUGAUGGAAUAUUCCACAGACUUUGGUAAAGGGAUGUAAUAAUAGUUUGUACUGUGUUAAGUCAAUAGCAAGAAGGUGGAUUGAAAGGGGGGGAGCUAUUUGAUUUCUCAGAUAUUGGAGUUCUGAAUGUAUUCUCUCCAGUACACAGCAGUGGUCAUUUUCAUACAGAAGUAUCAAAGUUCAGAACAGUAGAAACAUGUUUUGAAUGUGGAAAAAUAUUUGUAACCCUUAACCUUUGUUAAAAUUGUAUGAAUACACCACACCAAUGCAUUAUGUUCAUUAUACAGGGGAAAGUGGGUUUGUCAUAUGGCAUGGUCUAAGCUUUUAUCUCCCUUUAGAUAUUGUGUUAUUCCAAAAUGAUAUUUUCCUUCUUGUCAUUGCCUCAUCAUAUCAGGGCUAUGCUUAGGUCUUGUUUAGGUAUUUAAAUUUCCUGGUUUACUUCUCAGUUGUAACUUUGUGUAUGUUAUUUAAACUUCUUAUUUUUGCAAAUGCUGUUAUAUUUUUAAGCAUUAAGAAAGUAUCUAAGUAUAUUAGUUUAAUAAAGUGCUGUUUGUUUAACUA